CCUGGCCUGUAUUUGCCUAUCUUAAGAGUCAAUGGUAAUUGCCGGCUUUCCCUUUGAUCUCGACGAUACUUUCUAGCCAAUGGUGCCCAUAGACCGACAGGCCAGGGGCUUGAGGGUAGUUGAACUUGUUACCAAUAUCUGAGUGAGUGGCUACGCCAAGAGUGAUGGUCGCAGCCACAUGGGAACUUCCAGACUGGGGAUAUCUUGGAUAUAUAUGUACAUGUAUGUGUAUCACAUCCGUGUUUGGGGAUUUAACUGAGAGAAUUAUUCAUUGGAUGUCGGACCGAAUUGACUAACGCAAAUCUGCAUCUUGUAUGGAUGAACGGUAUGGUGGAGUCCCUGCUCUUUCAUAUGGGGAAUCUGUCACAGCGUGUCUGUAACGAGAUGGUUACUUUCUCAAUCAUAGAUGCAUAGGUGGAUCAGAGUCAGGGUAUUACUAGUAACCUGGUGUACUUAAUUAUCAGCCCGAAUGUCAGAAUAUCUUAACGACAUGAAGGAAUGUUGGUCUAUCUGUCUGUUGUCCUUUGGAAUGCUGAGAGUUGCCGUGGUCGGUCAUUGUUCUCCUCUGUUCAAAGGGUCCAAGGUUCGGCCACAAGACCAUGCAACAUAGUUUGAAAAUGCAGCUGAGUUACCGGUAUGUGUGCUAUCAAAAUAUCAAAAUCUUUUGAUACACCCUGUAUACAAUGCUGCAGGAACGUUGAAUCAGCGGUUUGAGACAAUGCUUUUGAUAUUGAAAUGAUAUAUACUGGGCCCGCACUACCGUGCGUGUAUACAUCUGCAGCAGCUGUGCGGAUCAUUAAAAUUAAAAAGCUUUAUAUUGUUGACAAUAACGAGCAUGAUCUCCAAUACAAGCACAGCAGCACAUGUUACUCUAAAACAAAAGGAAUAUAAUUACUUGUGAUUUUGUAAAUUCAGCUGGGAAAUUCAUUAAGCACAUGGAGCACAUGUACGGCAUCGAAACGUGUGUUUGAGAAGUGACGUGUUCUUAAGUGCGAGCAAUCUUACUUCAAACCAGCGCGAAGGUGGUCAAGGUAGGCCUAGUACAUAUUGGCUCUUCAAGAGUCGUUUUCCGCUCAGAGCCCACCGCAAAUGCAUGUAAAUUGCCAAAACGUACUACUAUAAGGAUUUGCCUGAGCCCAGCUCCCCAACGUUUGUGGUCUAUUACGAUUGCAGUAUCUUGAAUCACGACACGUUCGGGAAUUAAACAUGGGCGAUUAAUCAGAUUUGCAUUUGAUCGGUGAAAUGGUGACGGAAGAUUACGGGGAUAUCGCCAAGGAACAUAUAAUUUGCCCCAUACGCCUCGACCCACGUUCUAGGAGACGAAAUGAUCACAGGGCUGCUCCGACAGGCACACCGUCUUUUGCUUACCAUCGAUCAUCAUGAUUUCCCUAAGGAAAUCUCAACAAACCAGCUUCCGUCAUUGAUAAGUUGCCAGGUGGCAAAUAGUCCAUUCAAAGGACUUUGAGCGGAAAUACAGAGGUGAUUUUUAGUAAUUUUCGCAAGGAAAAACACCAGAGGUCAGAUGAUUGAAAGAAGUUAAGUCAACUGUUUGUUAGGCGUUUUCUCUUCAGCAACGCCAAGACAAGUUGACGCCAACGAAUUUUUUACUCGAUCCUGGCUUCUAAAGCACUAUUUCGAUAAAUUCAUGUACUUUUUCAUGAGUCUGCUUAAAACACAUAGCAGGAACUGCCAAUCGGCUCCUCAUAACUGCCAAUCUUGAUCAAUUACUCUGUCGAUCGUUAUCGAUGCUUGAGUUGACCUGAUCACUUCUUUAUUGACUUCACUGGCCCAUCUCCACGCUCGCCAGUAACACAUUUAUCAUGUUGUAUCUUAUAGGUAUGGCAUCUGCCUCAUCCUGGCCCGGCAGAGCAAGAAAUAACACUAACUUCAAUCAUUUAAACAGCCAUAAAGCGAUACCAGAAACCAACAUCAAUCCAUCCUUAUGUUCUGCAGCCUCUGGGUAACAGGCACAAACCGGUUACCCUAGCACAGCUAAAACCUGACGAGGUUGGUUGGAUUAACAAGCAAUGUUGAUAGCUUUCUCGAUACCUUGGCACAAGGUUGCGCUGUGCUGUAUUUAAAUGUGAACUUGUAUCGCAGGGAUAAUCUUGUGCGUCUCUCCGACAGGUGUUUGUACCUCCGGAAUACAUCCUUGUUCCGAACAGUAUCAUUAUGGAUGUUGAAGAUGCUCUUCGAUACUUCUUGAAGGACUAUAUCUCGAACGACGUGUUGUCACCACACAAGUGUAACUGGAAAUAUUGAUCAACUGUUACUCAGGCAAAACAACCAAUCUUUCUCCGUUGCAUAAAAUAACACCGUGGCUUGAGCAACAUCAACUUUGAGAAAGAUGAAACAUCCGUCCAAGUCGAAAAGGUUUUUAUGCCACUUUACUUAACUUCGUGGGAAUACUAAAAGUACAUCAUCGUUGCACUUUUUAAGGAAAGGAUUUGAUUGCCGUUAACAGCAGCAUCUUACUUGGGAGGACUAUAUACGUCUUACGAAUUAUAAGCAGAUGCCACAGGACUGUUCUGGCUCUUUACUGAUAAUUUUUCCAGCCUUACCUUUGUUGAGGCCGAGAAGAGCAGCGUGUGUUCGCCAAGCACAUAAGCAACGACACACACGCACUGAAAGCGCCUAAGGUUUGAAAACCGAAGAAAGAAAUGUUCAUCCCGUAGGCCCCUAUAGUACAUCGUCAACCAAACAAGUGUAAACGAAGCUUUGAGGCAAGAAAUGUGAAUGCAAUCACGCGAAACUAUUCCGAGUCUCCGAGGUGGACCAAGCUUUGGAGGAAUGAGAGGACCACUUUCUUUAGAUCGUAGUACCAUCCUUCAUGCGAUCCCGAAGGUGGAUUGAGGUGGCGAUCGGUAUGUAAGGGCCUGAUGGACACGAUUGUAGCUACUUCUGACGCCUCUUAAAAAAAAUUUCUGUAACUGAUUGCCUUUACCUUGAGCGGGUAUGAACCUGUUGUGAUAUCUUCUUUGGAAUGCGUAUUGUGCAGGUGCAAAUGGAAGUUUUUACUUGUUAACACCGAGCUAAACGAUUAUCUGGCAAGAUACUUCGGACCUAGGUGGCUUACCUCUGUCUGUGGUAGCAGAGUUUGCAAGGGAUUAUAAAUGAGCGAUAGAUCUCAUCAAUUUCUCCGAAAUGGCUUUGAAUCUGACGGAACGGAAAGUUAGUUGAGAUAAGUUGCUGGUGUGUCGCCAACUGUGUACCGCAACUGAUAGCAAAACAUGGAAGGUCACAUGCUGAGAGCCAAUCAUACCAAUAGGAAGGCACCUUCUGUUUCUUUUGAUUUGCAUUUUAUAGAUAGUUCGCCGGAGAGUAACCCGGGUUUCUGUCCUGAGUCGAAUAACGUGGGGAACCAUAUCAACGCUAAGACUGCACUUCUAGGCUGUGAUAUGGACGAUAAUAAGGCUUCGAGAGACUCCGAGGAUAGUGGGAAACCACCAGACAAAGAAGGAAAAGACAUUGGAUAUUACGGGCCACCGUUGCCGGAUGGGUGCGUGCCGAUACCAGACGCAGACGCGGAUAAGAUCGACCCAGACAAAACCCAACGGAAGGAAAGGAAAAAUCCUCGACCUUGCAUUAAAAAACAAAAAUCCAUCAACUUGUUAGAUUCUGAACUCAGUGUUGAUGGUCCACUGGAAGCGGAGUAUGUUGGAAAACCUAACGUUAUCAACAACAGACGACAGCAGUGUAUACGGACUUUCUUCACUUUUAUAUAUAUCUUGCUCGCCGUUGUCGCGGUGGUUUUCACCUAUGCUCUCAUCUACGACUUGGUGAAUUCGAUGAACAAUCCUGUACGGUCUAUCCAUUAUUCUGCAGUGGAACGGUACGAUGCACCAGGUAUAGCAAUCUUCCCAGGCGGUGCUAAACUGCUAUCAUGCUGGCAUUACUUCAACAACAUAGUCACCUCAAAAGUUCGGCUCUCCGACCUUCACCUCACCCAGCGUAACUGUACGUUUAUAAACAUGACAUACGAUGAUCCAUUCGUACCAUCCAUCCGGCGGUCCGCCCUCAUGUUCCGGGGACCCACCCAGAUCAUUGAGAGGGAGGCCGUCUUCUUUCAUUUCAUGCUCGAAGACGAGACCAGGGACUUUUAUACAGUCAGUUACUACGUGUUUCCAGAUUGGGAUCAAUUUAACAAAAGCUCACCUCAAGAGAGAAAUACCCUAUCUGGGCAUUGGCACCGGACCAAACCGACCUAUGCCCUGUCGUCUGGUCUCCGCAUGUGGAUCAAGCUACAGAUGAAGAAGACACAACAACUCAACAACGAGAAAUAUACUGAUUUUAAAGUAGAGUAUAGUGUUGUGAAGCACCACGACAGACGACCCGAGUCGGAAUUAAAAAAGCAUUUAUUUUUCAUCUUCUUCGAAUGGAAGGAUAACAUAUAUGAGGAAUCCUACCUCCUGACAACCACUACCCCUUGGAGUAUAGGGGCCGGUUUAUGUGGUGUGCUUUUAACUUUACAUAAAGGGUACCAGUUAGCUCAGGUUUCGUUCAAGCGGAUGAAGAAAGAUAAACAAAGGAGGAAGACUUUGAAACGGACCGCUAUGUUGAUAAAACAGCAGUCACAGCAAUCACAGCAGUCGGAGAUGGAGGCAGAAUCAUGAUGAAGAAGCCCUGAUGGACUUUUUAAGGGCGACUGUAGGCAGGAGCUAGGGGGUCCAGUUUGUGGCCUCAGUGACUAAUACACACAGUCAGGGAACUGCAUUGGGUUAGGUAUGAUUUGGUGAUAAGAAUAUAUAUACCCCAUACAUGAAUAGUGCCGAUAAAUGAUACAUAUCGACGACUUCGUGUAACUUAAUCUGACCUGGCACCUGCCUAGAGACUCCCUUUAUCUCAUAUAGCUCAAAACCCGAUUCCUGAUUGUGAAACUGGUACAACGACCUCUCAACAUUAAAAUGACGUUGGUGUCGCCAAUGGACUUCGUAAACGGUUACUGGCAAAUAAAGUUGAUUCGACUGUGUCACGCGGCGAAACGGGUUUCACUACCGCAUAAAUACUUGCUCAACUUUUGUUGUAUGCAUUGUGUACUUCUAAAAGGAAUUGAAUUUACGAGUCCUACCUUAUUGUUGUACAAUGUACUUAUGAAAAUAAUGGGGUAUAGUUAACUUCUUAUUCGUCGCAGAUAAUGGUUCAUUGAUGUAUCGUUACAUCAAGAAUGAAUGUUGAUGAGCCUUUCUUUCUUCUUUGACUUGGGUAUUACAUUGAGAACCUUGAAUAUCAAAGUACCUCAGCCGAGAAUCAGGAGCGAGGGAUCGAGAAGUAAAAGGUACCAACUUCAGGCUCGAUCGGAAUUUUUUCUUUCGCAAUGUUUUUGGGUUCGUGGGUUUCACACUACAUGUAUUUUCGAGACAUUGUAACUGUCAGUGCCAGUCCAGUGAUGUUUCGUAACGUGAUAAUGAGAUAUGACUGUUCAUGAAACAAUUAUCAUCAUGAAACAUUUUGACCUUACGCACAUAGUUUUGUCAGAUGUUUUUCACUUCGAGUCCAUUGUGAAUAUGUGAAUCGGUGUAUAUGUCAAUGUUUUUUAGGUUUUCGAAAUAAAAUUGCACUUUUUCUCUGA